AUGUCGAAAAUGCUCCAUGGCUUGGAAGUAGCGAAGCACAACUCUCGUGAAUCCUGUUGGGUCAUCGUUCAGGGCAGAGUGUACGAUGUGACCGACUAUCUCGACAACCAUCCCGGUGGCUCAGCGAUUCUGUUGAAGUAUGGCGGUAAAGAUGCGACCGCAAUUUAUGAACCAAAUCAUGCCGAAGGGACGAUCGAAAACGGACUUCCACAAGAAAAGCAUCUCGGCCCUGUCGAUCCGGCGACAGUGUCAACAGUGACCAAACCAGAAGUACCUCACGAUCGGGACCCAACGGCCAAAAUCCCGCUUUCUCAUUGCUUGAAUCUCGACGAUGUCGAACUUGCGGCCGAACGAAUCAUUUCGCGCAGUGCAUGGGUUUACUUCCAUUCCGCCGCCGACCGUCUCGGAGCACUAAACAAUAACCGGGAGGACUGGCAGAAAAUCACCUUGCGGCCCCGCAUCAUGCGAAAUGUCCGGCGCGUCAACAUGGAGCGGACGAUACUGGGUCAGAAGAGUCGAUUGCCCUUUUUCAUUGCUCCAGCCGCUCGCGCAAAAUUGGUCCAUGAGGACGGCGAACGGUGUCUGGCUCGAGGUGCAGCUAAGGCCGGAAUUCCAUAUUGCCCUAGCACGUAUUCGACGAUACCGCACGACGACCUGGCCCACUGUUUCGCGUCCGUGAAAGGAUCGAGUCCGUACGGCGCCCUGUUCUUCCAGCUGUACGUGGCGCACGAGAAGUCUCGAACCAUUGAGCUCAUCACCAUGGCUCGGGAACUCGGUUUCACGGCCUUGGUCAUCACGGUGGACACUCCGGUCGUGGGGAAGCGAGAGGAAGACGAGCGCUACCGCGCCGAGCUCGCCACUGCAUCGGGCGAUGACACGUUGUUGACCGAGUGGUCUCGGCCUCAGGAGAAUGAGGACGGCCCUCCUCUGCGCGGCCACCACAGUUCAACCCUCAAUUGGGAGGACUUACCAUGGAUACGGGAGGCUUGGCAGAACUCCGGCCCUAUCGUGUUAAAGGGUAUUCAGACGGCCGAGGACGCAGCAUUGGCUGCUGAGUACGGAAUCGAUGCAAUCUACCUCUCCAAUCAUGGUGGAAGGCAGUGCGAUGACGCACCCAGUGCUAUCCGGACACUAUUGGAGAUUCGACGAUUCUACCCUCAUUUGCUUGGAAAGAUGGAGAUAUAUCUGGAUGGAUGGGUUCGUCGAGGUACAGAUGUUCUCAAGGCAUUGUGUCUGGGCGCCACGGGGGUGGCGCUGGGUAGGCCCUUCAUGUAUUCGGUUGCGAUGGGCGAUGAAGGCGUUUUGAAAGUUGUUCAGCUGCUGAGCGAGGAAAUCGAAACGACAAUGAGGUGUAUGGGUGUGACAAGUCUGGACCUAUUGAAUCCGUCUUAUGUGAACACCAAGAGAUUGGAGGUAGAGUUGCCGGACAACCUGGGGGUUGGAGCCCCGUGGCCCGAACCGAAGGCCAAGAUAUAG